UCCGCUCUGGCUCGCGGCAGUAAACAUGGCGAAUGGCUAAACGAGUUUGAGUCACUUGGCUCUAAAUGUUUGAAUUAUAGUUUUGUUUGGGAUAUACAAACUAGUUUGUGCACAGAGGAGUCUCUCUGGCUCUGCACAGAUCUCUGUGCGAUUAGAUUUCCGUCUGUUGAAAGGACGAAAAUAAACCGACACAAUGGGGCGACGUUCAACCUCUUCCACCAAGAGUGGGAAGUUUAUGAACCCCACGGACCAGGCCAGAAAAGAGGCCCGGAAAAGGGAGUUGAAGAAGAACAAGAAGCAGAGGAUGAUGGUAAGGGCAGCUGUGCUGAAGAUGAAAGACCCCAGGCAGAUCAUCCGAGACAUGGAGAAACUGGAUGAGAUGGAAUUUAACCCGGUCCAGCAGCCUCUUCUAAAUGAGAAGGUUUUGAGGGACAAGAGGAAGAAGCUUCGUGAGACAUUUGAGCGAAUCGUGCGUCUGUACGAGAGGGAGAACCCCGAGAUGUACAAGGAGCUACGCAAACUGGAGCUGGACUAUGAGAGCAAGCGUGGACAACUGGCCCUCUACUUCGACUCUGUCAAGAAUGCAGAAUCCGUGGAGGUGGACAGUAUUCCUUUACCGGACAUGCCCCACGCUCCAUCAAAUAUUAUGGUCCAGGACAUCCCACUGCCAGGAGCACAACCACCGUCUAUCCUGAAGAAGACCUCUGUUUUUGGGAAGCCCCCCAUGAUGCCUCCACUGCCCAGUAUCCCACGUCUGCCUCCAGGAAAGAAGCCCCCAGGCCCCCCUCCCGGACCCCCUCCUCCACAGAUCCUCGCUCUGUACGGCAUACCAGCACGCCGCAUCUAUGGGCCGGAUUCAGACUUGUCUAUCCCUGGGCUGGAUAGGGAAGCUGCUAUGGAUAGGGACCGGGGUAGUGACAGUGAUAGUGACCGGGGCAGUGGCAGUGACUCUGGAGAGGACAGUGAGGAUGACCAGGACAAAGUCGGAGACGAGCGGAGGAUGGAGGAGGACACGGGAGGGGACAGGCACGCAAGUCGCAGAAUCCGUUUUGCAGACAUGCCUCCAGAUGCCUCACAAGAAGGAAAGCAGAAGAAGAAACGGCUGGUGAAGAAGACCAAGGCAAUCACCCCUCUGCAGGCUAUGAUGUUAAGGAUGGCAGGCCAAUCCAUCCCCGAGGAGGAUGAGGAGGAGGAGGUGGAGGAAGAGUACACAGAUGACUCUGAAGGAUCAGACACAGAGGACAGAGGACCCCCAGGGGACACCCAGGCUCAGCUCAUGUCCCAGCGGCUCCCUCCUCCAGCGGGACAGCCACCACACAUGCAGGGCCCACCCAUGACCGGUCCUCCGCCUCUGGGACCACCCCCAGCUCCCCCGAUGAGACCCCCCGGACCUCCAUCUGGGCCUCCACCAGGACCACCUCCAGGUGCUCCUCCCUUCAUGAGGCCUCCUGGUAUGCCUGCUGGCAUGAGAGGUCCAGUGCCUCGUAUGCUGCCACCGGGACCUCCUCCAGGCCGACCUCCGGGCCCCCCUCCCGGCCCUCCUCCUGGCCUGCCUCCAGGCCCCCCACCACGAGGACCUCCGCCCAGACUGCCACCUCCAGCACCGCCAGGUAUGCCCCCUCCUCCCCCUCGCGCUGGCGGCCCCCAGCGCCCCAUGGCCCCUCCCAUGUCCAUGUUCCCACCGCCGCUCAAUACCAACGUUCUCAGCGCCCCUCCCAGCAUCGUGCAGCGGCAGAAGGCACCGGGCUCCACAGGGCAGGACGCUCCCCAGAGCUCCAUGCCCCCUCCCCCCUCCAUGCCCAUGCGCCCAGGCGGUAUGCAGAUGCCCCCUCCGCCUGGCACCGCAGGGGCAACCAUCGAGAAACGGGCCAACAUCACCGCGGCUGCAGGGGGCGCAGCAGCAACCAUUUCCGCCAAGCCCCAGAUCAUCAACCCCAAAGCGGAGGUCACUCGCUUCGUACCCACGGCACUGAGGGUGCGCAGGGACAAGAUUGGACCCGGAGCUGGUGCAGGGCCGGUGGAUAAGGGCCCAGGAGGGAUGGUCGGGAGGAGGGAGGAGCUGAUGGGAGGUGGGCAUGGGCACGGGCACAAGCACCACCCCCCCGCUGCUUCUAUGGUGCACCCUUUGCAGGUGGGUGCUGUGGCGCCACCCAACAUGAAGACCAAGGACCAAGUGUACGAAGCCUUCAUGAGAGAGAUGGAGGGACUGCUUUGAAACCACAGAAAACGCAUUGUUAUAUAAAAGUUCAGUUAAAAUGUGUGCAACUAUUAAAGGUACUGUGUGGCAUUCAUUUAGUUUGUAUUACACACUUCACUGUGUCUACGAUAUCACCCACUCACUCGCUUUGUCAAAGGUGCAUUAUGUAACUUUUAUAUUCAAGUGUCCACCACCCCCUGUCGCCAUGGGGAUGUCAUUGCUUUGUCUGGAAUGUUCCACAGUAGUGAUGUGCGGGUCGACUUUUUUUCUCUUUUCUCAUUUUCAUUUGAAAUUAAUUGUAGUAGGAAUAAAGUUGUUGUCUUUGUGCAGGUAAAGACAUGUAAAUACAAAAUGAGCCCUUAUUUGUCAGUUACAGAACAUGCAUUGGAUGAAACGGAGAAACCAUCCACCCGAACCUUCUGUAUUUCUUCACUUUGAGUUAUGUUACCCACCCGAACCCGUGGUUUGAGGGUGGGUCCCUUGGGUUACGAGUCGAUCCGCGCAUCACUAUUCCACAGUAUGGCAUUAAACUUAUCUAGCUUGCAUGAGUUCAAUUAUAGUUGUUUUCAUUGCCCAAAAUUACCUUGAAAAACAUGCAUUCUUACUGUGAACACAUGAUGCCAUACAGUGGAACAUUCUAGGCAAAACUAUGAUAUCUCCAUGGAGACAAGAUGUAUAGCCUCCUGUAUAAAAGUUACAUAGUGCACUGUUUUAAUACUUGUUUAACAUGUAAAAAAAUGUGUCCAAAUGGUUAUAGUUUGGAACAGCUAAUUGUGAAUUCAAAUAUUCUUGGUUAAUUCUAAAAUGUUAGAGGCACUACUUCCUGUAUAAAAGUGAAGAGAAGUAUAAGUGACUAUUUAUUGUUCUUUUCCACCAUAUUUUGCACACUGUACCUUUAAAAGCCACACACACACAUAGUAAACAGUAUCCUGCACUAACUCUAGGAUAUGAUACAUCUUUGUUUUGUUCCAAACAUGAUUAUGAAUGAUGCCAUUUCAUGUGACUUUUUUGGAUAAUUGUAUUUUGGCUGUUUAUUUCAUGUGAUUGUAGUCCCCAACUCCCCAUACCUGCAGCCAUACUGUAGGUGUGGGCUGUUUGUCAGGCCUCAGCAAAGUAGGCAUACAUUUCUGGAAAUGUUAGAUCUGCUGCCCAAUAAAUGCUCAUUUUGUUUUU